AUGGAAACUAGUAGUGAGUUUGAGAAGAGUACAAUUGCAAGUGAGCUGAUCCAAGGAAUGGAAGUAGCAAAGCAGCUGAAAUUUCACUUGACUACAGCAUCUUCGUCUCCGGAAAAUCUACUAACUCUGCUGCAGAAGAUAUUAUCUUCAUAUGACACUGCCUUGCUGCUUCUCAACUGGACUGAGUCAUCAGCAGGGCAGCCUCAGACAUUGCCAGCAAUGCUGGCUCAGCUGCCCGAAUCUCCGAUUUCUACCUAUGAAAGUGGGGAUUUCAAGGAUCAUCACCGAGAUGUUUCAAAAAAAAGAAAGGCGUUACCUACGUGGAAAGACCAUGUGAGAAUUUCUUCGGAUAAUGGAGGGGAGAAUUCUGCUGAUGGAUAUAGUUGGAGGAAGUACGGACAGAAGGACAUUUUGGGUGCUGCACAUCCAAGAAGCUAUUACAGAUGCACAUACCGGAAGACUCGAAGUUGCCAAGCUACAAAGCAAGUUCAGAGAUCGGAUAACGAUUCCGCGAUUUUUGAGAUCACUUACAAGGGAAAACAUACUUGUCACAAGGCUGGCAACUCAGUGCCUCCAGCAAAACCAGUAAAGCAAGAACAGAAUCGUAGUGAUCAUCGUCCACAACCACCAAAUGAAGCGCUGAUUAACUUCAGAGCAAAUCUAAGAGUCAAAACUGAUGACUGCAGAAUACACGAAGCUGCGGAUUCCUUCUCUUUUCCUUCUGGAAUGGAAUACAAUAGCCAGCUCUCUUCGUUUUCACAAUUGGUUAAUGAGGAUCUGAUGGGGACAUUUUCUCCAUCAUUUAUCUCUCCAGAUACAACCGGAUCAAGCUACUUCUCGGUUUCACCUUACCAGAUGAACAGCUUUGGACAGUUAUCAGAUUCUGAUUAUACCGAGAUAAUAUCAGCCAACACAUCAACCACAACCUCUCCGAUACUAGACCUGGACUUCCAAAUUGAUGAAGUGAACCUUGAUUCUAAUUUCCCAUUCGAUAUGCCAGGAUUUUUCUAGUAAUUCCACUUUUAGAAGCUUGUAUAUCUAAGAUAAAUUUCGAUAUGCUAGUAGUAUUUUUUAUGA